CAACCUCACACAAUUCUUCAAAAUGCCUUUCACCGCUUCUGACAUCUGCAAGAUCAUCUUCGCCAUCAUCCUGCCUCCUCUGGGUGUCUUCCUGGAGCGCGGAUGUGGUUCUGACCUCCUGAUCAACAUCUGUUUGACCAUCCUUGGAUGGAUCCCUGGUAUCAUCCACGCCAUCUACAUCAUCUUCAAAUACUAGAGAUACCCACGUUCCCCACACCGUCGCAGCCAAUAAUCCUUGCCGCUCGAUAUUUCGUGAAAAGCGAG